AUGGCGUGGGACCACCUUUCCAUAACCAAGCCGCACUUGGUGUACCUCAUCCUCGGCGGCUUCACGAGCCUGUUCAUGUUGUGCUCGUCCGUCAUCAAAGAGCGGCUAUACAUUGGCGAAGCUACCGUCGCAACACUAUGCGGUAUCAUAUUCGGCCCGCACGCUGCAGACCUCAUCAAUCCGAGAGAAUGGGGUAAUGUCGACCUGAUCACGUUAGAGUUUUCUCGCAUUGUCCUCGUUGUACAAUGUUUCGCCGUCGGUGUCGAAUUGCCCCGCGCAUACAUGGAGAAGCAUUGGAAGUCAGUCACGCUCCUUUUGAUUCCGGUCAUGACAUUUGGCUGGCUGAUCACGAGCCUGUUCAUUUGGUGGAUGUUUGGGAGCCAUCUGAACUGGCUCGACAGUCUUUGCGUCGCCGCCUGUGUCACUGCCACCGACCCUGUCCUAGCUUCCUCCGUCGUUGGAAAGGGAAAGUUCGCAAAGCGUGUACCCAAACAUUUGCGAGAUUUGCUCUCUGCCGAGUCUGGUUGCAACGACGGCAUGGCCUUCCCAUUCGUAUACCUGGCCAUCUACAUCAUUCGCUAUCACCAUCACCCCAAUGAGGUGGCCCUCCAUUGGUUUUGCUACACCAUUCUAUACGAAUGUGUCUUUGGUGCCUUUUACGGGGUCUGCGUCGGCUAUGGAGCUCGUCGUGCUAUACGAUAUGCACACGACCGCGACUUAGUCGACCGUGAGAGUUUCCUCGUAUUCUAUUUCGUCCUGGCCCUGUUCUGCGCUGGUUCCGGAAGUCUGCUUGGUAUGGACGAUCUGCUUGUUGGAUUUGCCUGCGGAGUUGGCUUUUCCAACGAUGGCUGGUUUCUCGAAAAGACAGAGGAGUCGCACGUGUCCAACGUUAUUGACUUGUUAAUUAACUUGGCAUUUUUCGUUUACUUUGGCACCAUCAUACCGUGGGAGCAAUUCAACUCGGACGUUCUCGGAAUCACGCCCUGGAGACUGGUCGUGCUCGGUCUGCUCGUCCUAUUCUUCCGCCGUAUACCAAUCAUGCUUGCACUUAAGCCUCUUAUUCCGGACAUCAAAACUUGGCGAGAGGCGCUUUUCGCUGGACACUUUGGUCCCAUAGGAGUCGGCGGUUUGUUUGUUGCCAUCCUGGCAAGAGCAGAACUGGAGACUAAGGAAACGACACCGCUCUCCGAUAUACCUCCACCAGGAUUUCCGCAUCGCAAUGUCAUCGAACUGAUUUGGCCUAUUACGUGUUUCCUAGUCAUUUGUAGUAUCCUAGUGCACGGAAGCUCGAUAGCAGUAUUCACGCUCGGAAAGCACAUCAAUACGUUGACGAUUUCCUUGUCCUACACCACAGCAAACGAGGACGGACCGAGUUGGAUGGAUCGUCUACCGCGUAUCCAGUCGCGUUCCAAGUCCUCUAUGUCCCUUGGUCGCCGACCAUCUGAAUCCUCGCUCGAUGAAAAGGACACCACUGGACCUGAUGGAUUACCGACUGCAUUCCUGCGGCGCCAAAGAGAAGAUGAAGGAACAAGCCGUGCCAGUUCCCUGCGACCUUCUGCGCGCCGCAGGGGCCGCGGCUGGGACAAUGGACGCGGUCCAGGUGGACCAAUCUCGGCGUCAGCAAUUGCGCCUAACAGAGGAAACCGCGAUCCAUAUGAAACCACGUCACCAUUGCAAGAGCGAGAUUCGGAUACCCUCGCUGGACCGAGUGACGAAUCACCGGAGGGAUCUGCGACCGCUAGGGAGAAAGGAAGGACCAUGUCAGAAGAGGAGAUAUAUCAAGAAGGAGACAAGACCGUGAUUGAGGACGAAGAGGGUAACGUUCUAGGUAUUCGUGAGAGUGGCGCAAACGAAGACUCAGCAGAGCGGCUGCAACGUGACAACCAAGAAGCUAUACGGCUUGGAAGGGAGAGGGAUGUGGAGCACGGUGUCGCACAAACUGAACACGGCGGUGCACUGGAGGAAGCUCCUGGGAAAGCAGUCAACGCAAUAGAGCAUCCCGGAAAAUGGCGUAAGCGGAUGGAGAGCUUUUCAGGGAAGCACCACACAGCAGCUGGGCCAGCUGAACCCCCAAGGGCCCAGCGGCCGGAGAAGCGAGGCCCUGCGCUUGCUUAUCAGUUCGGUAACACUAUCAUUGUUGAAGACGAGGACGGCGAGCCCAAGAACCGCCCUAGUGUCGAUCGCAAAGGAUCUAUGGCAGAAACUGGCGGUCGUGCGAUGAUGAGCUUGCGCAAGAUGGGAACCGAGGCAUCCGCGGAAGCGCCAACGAACACUGAAGGCAAGAAAAAGAAGCCGAUGCAGCUUGAUGAAGACGACGAACGCAUUCGUUUUACGGUCACAGCCGGUGGCCGUCGGAUGAGCAAAGCUGAGUUCAUCCAGCAAAUGUCGAGCAUGGCUCCCAAGGAACGCGCCAAGUUUAUUCAGGAGAGCAACGUCCCCGACGGUAUAAAACGCGAGGCUCAUCAAGAUGCGAAGGAUGCAUCUCGUCGAGGCGCCGCUUCUUCUGCAAAGGUCCCGCCUGUUGUGGGUGAGGAAGCGCACGACGAAGAGCGUAAGCGCGGCCCCGAAGGACUUACCCUUGUCGAUAGCGACGACGAAGACAUACCCUUCCACAAUGGCAACGGCGAAACCGCAGCCCAGCGCCGCCGUCGCGAAGCAGCUGAGCAAUCGGAAAUUUCAGACACGGGCGCAGAUAAGGCACCUCAAGCUUCCGGCGAUGAAGAAGAAGAAACCCCCGCUGAGCAAAAGCGUCGUAUGGCUGCUCUUGUAAGCUCCUCGUCACCCUCCAACUCGGCACGCCGCACCAUCGAUCCAACUCAACCACUUCCCAAGUCCCACAUGGACGAAGGCGAGACAGCAGCCGAGCGCAAGCGUCGUCUUGGCGCGUUGGGUAUGGGUAGUGGCGACGAGUCGUCUCCAGAGUCUGACUCUGAUGCCGAGGAGGGUGGUGAUCCGCUUGCGACUGGCCGUGGAGCGCACACUGCGCAGCAAGGGGCUGCCGCGAGGAGAGCACCAGGCAUCCGGUUCGCAGAGCAGCCGAGGCCCCCGACGAAGGAUGAGCGAGCGCAAGAAGAGCAGGUGAAGGAGGAGACCGAGAGCAGUAGCAAGAAGGGUCCGCUCGGUAAGCUCAGGUGGAAGAAGUGA